GCACACACGCACACACACCGAGCCUCCCACUCCUUUCAUCAUUGAUUCGCUCUGCUCGGCUCCUUCUUUCUCUCUCUCUCUCUCUCUCUCUCUCUCUACAGCAGCACUUGUUGAAUUCAACCCUAGGAGAAUAGAGAGAGGGGAGAGAAACAGAGAGAGAGAAAAUGACAGGGAGGUGGAGGGAGGCUUUGAGUCGGCACUGGAACAGACAGUGAGCAGGGAGAAUGGGGCUUUGGAGGAUAUAGAGAUAGAUAGACAGGCAGCGUGAAGACAGACGGAGAAAAGUCAGUCAGACAGCAGGGAGAAUCAGCUCUGAAACAGCAGGAAUGACACUGUAAGAGAAAGAGAGAGUCAGCCAGACGGAGUGCAUCAGAGUUCUUCCCCCUCCCUCUCUAACUACUCUUCGUCUGUCCUGGUCCUGGUCCUGGUCCUGGUCCUGGUCCUGGUCCUGGUCCUGGCUGCUGCUGCUGCUGGUGUGUUUGUGUGUGUCAAGGCUCCUGGUGUGUAUUAACCAGAAGACUGGCUCACACAGGUCAGAACUGUCUGGGAUAGCAAUGCCUCUCUCAGUGGCAGAGUCUGCAGUGAAUAUCUGAAGCCCCAUCUUUCUUCCUCUUCCCCUCGGCCAACAUGUCCCAGCUGCUCCAUGUGGAGAUACCAAACUUUGGAGCCACAGUCCUCGGCUCCCUAAAUGAGCAGCGCCUGCUGGGACAUUACUGCGAUGUGUCCAUCCUGGUCAAAGGUCAGGCGUUCAAAGCCCACCGGGCCGUUUUGGCUGCCAGCAGCCUCUACUUUCGUGACCUCUUCAGCAGCUCCACCAAGACCCAGUUUGAGUUGCCCUCCUCAGUCACACCUGCUUGCUUUGAGCAGAUCCUCACUUUCUGCUAUACAGGGAAGCUUACAAUGGCAGCUAGCGAACAGCUGGUGGUCAUGUACACAGCUGGCUACCUCCAAAUUCAGCAUAUAGUUGAAAGAGGCAUGGACCUAAUGUUCAAAGCCAACUCACCUCACUGUGACUCGCAAACGGCGGGAUCCCUAGAGGAAACAGGAUCCGAACCGCAGAGUCCCUCUAAUAACGGCCACGGCCUCGCGGUGGCCGCCCUGUUGGGAACCCCGGGCUGGUCUUCAUCCCUUCUCUUACCCCAGCGUAAGAUUAAACUAGAAGGGGGCGAACCGACACCUCUGACAAUACCCUCGACACACAGCAAGAUCUCGUCAUCGGAGCUGGGGAGUCGGCUGGCGAGAGCCAGUUCGUUGUUUUACACAACAGCUGGAGGGACCCCAGUCCCUGGGUUGCCUCCGUACCACCUUCAGGGGGCCGGUGGAGGUGGAGCUGGAGGAGGAGGAGGAGGAGGAGCGGGAGUCGAGAGGUCCAGUCCCGGAGCGUCGAGCUUGCCCACCACUGACAGUCCAACAUCCUACCAGAAUGAGGAUGAGGAGUUUGAGGAAGAGCCCUAUGAUGGGAUCACAGAGGACGCCUACAGUCAUCUCUAUGGACGUUCACUUAACCCCUAUGGGAUCCAGGACAAGCCGGAGAUGGCAGUGGUGCCCUUGGCCUUGGAGAACCGCAACUGUGUGCUGAUCCGCCGGGAUCUGGUGGCGCUGCCCGCAAGCCUCAUCAGCCAGAUAGGCUACCGCUGCCACCCUAAGCUCUACACAGAGGGGGACCCUGGGGAGAAGCUUGAAUUGGUAGCUGGUACGCAGGUGUUCAUGACUCGAGGUCAGCUGAUGAACUGUCAUCUAUGUGCCGGUAUCAAACACAAAGUCCUGCUCCGCCGUCUGCUAGCGACGUUCUUUGAUAGAAACACUUUAGCCAAUAGCUGUGGGACAGGUAUCCGCUCCUCUACUAGUGACCCCAGUCGGAAACCCCUGGACAGCAGGGUCCUCAACGCUGUAAAACUCUACUGUCAGAAUUUCAACCCUAACUUCAAGGAGAGCGAAAUGAAUGUGAUUGCCGCCGACAUGUGCACAAACGCGAGGCGUGUCCGCAAGCGAUGGUUGCCCAAGAUCAAGUCCAUGCUGCCCGACGGCAUGGAGGUGUACCGUGCAGGAAUGGGCAUGGGUGCGGCCGUGGGUCUGGGCCUGGCACUGGGUGCCCCUCAACCAGGGUUACCCCUCCCCUUCGAGCCUGACUUCAAGACCCUAGAGCAAAGGUUGUAUCCAGACCGCAAGGAGCCGCUCAGGACUCACCCACCGCUGAAUGAGGGCAGCCCUGGGUCCGGGGCAGCUGGAGCAGAGGCGGAAGGUGAAGGAGUCAUGCAGGAGGAGCAUGAGGAAGAAGACGAUGAAGCUGGGUUAGAAGGAGUGAAUGGAUCACUGGGGGCAGCAACUUUGAUCCCAGGGGCCGAGGCGGGCAAUUGCGGGGGCAUGCCGCCCGAGCAGGAGGCGGAAAGUUUUGAACAAGGUCCGAGGGUGAAUGGACAGUGAAUGUCCUCUGUGGGCUGCCUCUCACAUUGUGAAAUCUCUUUAACACCACAUUUUCUUUUGCUUGCAUCUUGUCCAGCGCUCCUUCUUCUCCUCUGUGCUUCCUCGACAGGAAUUAUCAGCACAAAAAAAAAAGCUGCGCUCGUAGAUCUAGCUAAACAGAAAUUUGUCAGACAUGCAUGCGCACUCGUGUGCUUGUGGACACACUUGCCGAUAGUGGACGUAGACACAGGCAUGGCGUUAGCACACCGGGAAAAGAUCAAUGAUUUCUGCUCCACCCUUUUCUUCGUAUAUGCCGUAUUUACUCAGCACUUCUGCUCCCGCAGCAAUAUCAUAGAGGUCUGGUACCACAACAAAUGGCUGUAGUGAUUCAUGAGUUCAGAGCAGCACAGAAGCACCAGUUGUUUGCCGGCAGUGCGAUAUAAUGGUUUGUAAAAAUCAUCCAGUUUUCUGGAAAAAGUCCCAUGUAACCUGGGGGAAAAUGGAUCAGAGAAUCACAGCUCACUUAAUAAGCAAUUAAAGGUCGAGCUCUGUUUGAGAACAAUUGAACUGAACAAUUUCCAUUUCCUGUUAAAACAGUAUGUUAUUUUCAUGAUAAAGAUGAGGAAUGCUUUUUUCUGGGAAGACUAAAGACUUCUCUGCAAUCUUACAAAUAAUCUAUCACAUGGACUUGUUUUUUCAUGCAUACUUUCCCAUGACACAUUGAAUUAGAUUGUCAAUGUGAUGCCUGUUCCUGCUCCAGACAGCCCCUCCCAACACACACACACACACACACACACUCACACAUGUGCCCACAUUUCCCACCUUAUGAUAGCAGCCUUUUAAUAUGUGCACCGAUGCAUUGAAAAUACACCAGUUAGAGAAAUAAUGUAACACUGCUUUUUACCUUUUAAAAUGAUCACUCUGUCUCUUACGGAGAGAGACGUGGACAAGGACAAGCACUAAAAUCCAAGCGUGCAUGCAUGAAUACAAACAACAGACACAGAGAAUUUACCGAAAAACAACAACAGACAAACCUGCAUCUUAAUAAGAAAACCGCUACUGUCGCCUCGAUACACCAUUCAUGAGCAAAAAGAACUUUAUUUCUAUUUGUCGCUGGGACUUUUUCCACAGACCUCAGUCUGACGCGUGUUAGAACUGACUUGAACGGAAUUGACUGUGCUUGACACAGCGCCGAUUGGAUUUUACUUUUUUUUGUUUUGUUCUGUUUUCUAAACUACGGAGCGUACUGUCACCACAGGUAGAAGAGACGGAGUAUAUGGAAUAGUAAGAAGAAGUGCACUACACCGGGUGGUAGAAGAAAGAAAAAAUGCCAGAGAGAAGCCUUUGUUUUGAUGUGUUGGGGUGAUGGCACCAUGACUACAUAGUCCUGCUUCCAUCCUGUUGUUUUUUUCUUUUUCUGAGGGGGCGGGAGGGUAUUGGGGGGUAAAUUAUUGAAUAAAAAGUAUAAGAGCAAUUUCCGCUGGCUUAUUGCAUUUGCACUCAAAAAGAAAAGGUUAGGAGGCUAAGGAGUUUGGCAAAAUAUGACUGUACUAAAGGCAGAAUUUUUUCCCCCCUCCAUAUCACCCUGAUUAUUUAUUUGAUUCGGUAUUGUGGGUUUGGAAAGGAACAAAUGUUCCUUCUGACAAUUACUGUUUCUCAAAAUUUUGGAUGGGGAUGUCAUGAGGCAACGUCGAACAGCAACUUAAACCUGUAUUUGUUGUAGACCUCCUCUCUUGUCUUCACGCUUUCUGCCACAUGUAAGGACGCAGUCCAAGAAGCCUCUCUUUGUUCUGUGAAAUGAUUCUAAAAGCUACACUGUUAUAUGUUUCCCUGUAUGUUUUUUUUUCUUCCUGGGUAUUGCAAAAGAUAUAGUCACCAGAUCAGCCCAUCGAAUCGGGUUAAUGAAUGAACCCCCAAAGUUAAUUUGAGCCACCGCCUUUUAUUUUCAAUACAAGGAAUUAUGAGGUGGUUGAGAAAUGCGAUUUGUCAGAUUGUUCCACCACAGAAUGUGAUAGCAGAAAUGAACAACCAAACAGAAAAUAUAUGUAUAUGUAUACCCUUGAUAUAUUUGACCUGCUUGUGUAUGCUUCAGUGCAGUGUCACUUCAAAGGUUGGCCCAGAUGAUUCUCUGUCUGUGUCCUACGUAUCUUUGGGGGAAGCUUUAAAAGGGCCCUGCACAAGAAACGCAGGGUUAAAAUUGCACUAGGUUUUAAUACUGUCGUUUACAGAUAUUCUUUCUUUCUUUUUUCUUUUUCUUUUCUUAUUUUGUUGUUGUUGGAAGUAAUGUGAUCUGCCAUUGUUAAAACAGGGCUGUGAGAGAAUGGCUGAGAUGAUGGAUGAAUGUAAACUGUAGCACUGCUUUGGUUAGGGCUCCGAGCCUUGACUGAAUAUGGUAAAAUACUGAAUCUCUUUUGUUUUAUAUGAGUCGCUUCUUUCUUCAAUUGUAAACACCCUAAAAAAAAUGGGCCAUAAUAUAAAAAAUUAUCUGGCUGUUUGGCUGGAUGAUGUUCUAACCUAAAGCUUUAGUGAUGUUGUGAUGUUCUUUUUCAAACACAUGUGAACAGGUCUUCCAAUGGGGCAGAUGCCAAGCAACAUUUCUCUGAUAUGUAUAAAACUAAGCAAGGUUCAAUAUACAGGCUUUUAUUACCCCACUGUUUAUACCAUCUUUAUGCCAACAGUUAUGUACAGUAUGUCUCUAAUGUUGAAAUGACAUAUGUGCUCACAAAACCGAAAGAUACUGAAGAUUUCUGUGAAGAUACACUUUAAGAUUCAAAUUAUUUCUUAUCUCAUUUUUUUAUUCAUUUAGCUACAGUUCCUAAAGUUGCCCUUGGAAAAAAAGAAAUAAUAAAGGCAUUCAGUUGUUUGUUGAAGCCUCUACCUUAAUGCACUUGUGAUUUUGUAUCCCCAAAAAUGAAUUCACAUAUUAUUCUAAUAAUUACAUUACUUUACAAAAUAACACCAAUAAUAAAAACACUGUUACGCUGUGCAGUUAGUUUAACUUAGAAAUCAAAUCUAUAAUUCUCUCUUUUCAAACAGGCUCUAACUAGUCAGUUAUUCAAAAUGAACUCAAAUUAAAACGAAGUGAUAUGGUCCACAGUAGUGACAAAGGGGUGAGGAGCAGUGCCUUAAGACUGUGACUGUGUGUGUGUGUGUGUGUGUGUGUGUGUGUGUGUGUGUGUGUGUGGAUGUAAUGAUGUUCAGAGAGUAAUAAACACUUGACUAAAGUUGUAAUUUCACAAAAAAUAGGCUUCCCAGACCCUUUGCUUAACUAUGAAAUAAUUUAUUCCUUUUUUCUUUAUUUUGACACUCUAUGUUUGCCACAUGUCAUUCUUAUGGGAGAAAGUGUGCAAGAUCACCAGCCAGAUUAAGUUGAACAGAUUUGCUGCAUUCAAGAUACGGCCAAUCUUGAUCCCCUGGACUGACACAAAAACAUAUAAAACAUAGGAUAUCUCUCGUAGUCACAUCCAAUAGUCUCCCUUUCAAAGCAAUCACGCCUUCAUAAACAUUUUGAAUUUAUUUGCCCUGAUGAAUUCACUUUUUUGAUAGUUUUAUCCAGUUUGCCAACUGCUUCUCAAUCUAACUGUUGUUUUUUCUUGCUUCUCUCCUGCUUGGGGUCUUCUGUUUUUUUCUUUUCUUGUGCAGGGUGAAUUUGAACAUGAAUAAAGUUGCACUAAAAACUGAGAGAUUCUCAGAGAAUGUCAUGGCUAACCCUUGGGUGGAUGAGCUCUAUUUGAGGCGGCGGACAGAAGAAAAAAAAAGUCCUGUAAAACAUAGGUAAUGUUAUUUUACACAUUUUUUGAUUGUCCAGACACUUUUCGGUGACAGAAAUUUGACUGUUUGCAAUACUAUUUUCACAAACUUUCUUUGCAAAUAAAUUGUAAUUUACUUUCUACACCCUCACACAGUGCUCGGUUCAUCCCCCACUACUGUAAAAGGAAUGGGCACAGUGGUGUUUGUGACUUUGAAUGGUUGAUCCUGAAAACAACACAUGUAUAUGCAAAGAGACACGUAUAUCAUAAAAUGCAUGCCAUUCAGAAACUCGUUCUAACCCGAUGAAACCUCUGAUCUUUAUGCACCAUGUAUUUUAUGCUGAAUAACUGUUGUCACUGUUUGCAAACAAAGACUGUGGACUCUCGCAAUGAGUAGGGUUGUAUUUUUACCGCACACCCUGGCCUUUUAUUGAAUGUUUGCGUAGAAUUUGUCACCUCUCGUGAUAAUGAAAGCAAAGAAAGUAGUGUUAAAGAGUGGAAAUACGUAGAAUAACUACCGGGUUGAGUGUGCAUUUGAACCUUCAGCAGACUCGGAAAAAUGCACUAAAAGUUUAUAAAGUAUGUGUAUGUUUGUGUCCGUGAAUUUAAUGCCAGCACUUUAGAACUACUUCGAAAAAUGAAAGAAAAGAGAAAAAUGUCAAAAGUGACCAAGGGUUCGGUAAACAAGGGGGGAAAAUGCAACUUUAAAAGCCAUGUGUUCAGAGCGCUGACAAUCAGAAUAGGGAUGAGACUCAAAGUGCACUACGGGAGAUCUGACAGGACUUGCUGUGCUCUUGCUCUUUGCUUUGUCUUUCUCCAGCUUGCUUUGGUCUCUGCUAGCUUCUACUCUCCAGAGUCGGGGGACAUUACGAUGUUAACCCCAGCCUUCUAUAGUUCUACGUGUGUGUCUCUGCAACAAAGACUGACUGAUGUCUGACUGAUACAUCGGUGCUUCGUGAACAGAGCUGUUCCAUGUUGACAUGGCCCAUAUCUGAAAUGCUCCGGCAAGCGUGGGCCGAACUUGGUCCUAUUGGUGACCUCUUGAUGGACAACAGUCCAGACAACAAACGCGGGUCUUAUCGUGCAACCCUACGCAUUGAUCAUGGUAAUGGUCUUCACUCUCAAACGGGGCCUGGACCAGGCAAACUGGGAUGAGACAAUUACAGUGUUGAUACUGCUUUAUGUUUAAAAUGAAAACUGUUAAAAAAUGUUUAUGCGCCUCAGAAUCAAGCAUCCAUAAUAUAUACAACAGAAAAAAAAUGCAAGUUGCCACUUUUGACGUUGCCUAAGAAUCUACAUUUCAUUCCCAUCAUGGUAUGUGCCACCACCAGUUUCGGUUGUGUAGUCUAACAGUACCUGAUUUCUUUAAAUGCAAUACAGAAAAGUCUGCUUUCUAAUAAAAGUCCUUACUUCACCAUA